AUAUUAUCUAUCUACAGAUUUAUUAUAGAUAUGAACAAACCGAGAAAAGCUAAAUCAAAAAGAAUUUUACCGCUUCCUUUGGAUUCGAGUGAAACUAAAUGUGGAAUCUGUCUAGAUGAAGUAGUGAAGCGUGGUAAGAUAGGGCCUUGUUCUCAUCUUUACUGUUACACAUGUCUACUAGAGUGGUCCAAACUUAACAACACUUGUCCACAGUGCAAAGUCAUCUUCAGAUGUAUUUCCAAGAUGGACUUCAAAACGGACAAGUUAGAAGAGAAAGUGUUCAUAAAAGACAAGACACUUCGCACUGGUCACGUGUCCUCUGAAGAAGAAGACUACUACGUUAACAGCAGUGAGAUAGAAGACUCAGACCCGGACUUUAUUGACCACACUGAUAUCCCCAACACUCUGGCUCCUGGCUCUGACUCUGAAUCUGAUGCUCAGUUCACACAGCGCAAGAGAAGGUGUGAUAAGACUCCACCUAGGAAACAGCUCACCAAGAAACGAUCUAAAGCGAUGAUAUUCUCAGAUUCUGAGAGUGAUGAAGAUAACGGUGCAGUCCACCAAAAGAUAAUCAGCUGCUGUCAGUCACCUGACUUAUUUGACAAGUCACCUCAGCCGGGAAGGAGUGACAGAUCCCCUACUUCUAGUAAACGGAACUGUAGAUUUAACCCAGCAGCUGGGAGUAAGCAGCGUCAGACCCUAUCUCCUAAUAAACACGUUUCUCCUAGAUCGUCUAAGAGAUCUUGUGUUUCCGCUCCUAAAGUCAGCAAGUUUGUCUUACCUGUGAGAAGUGGUAGAAGUCCUAAACGUAAUCUUACCUCCCCUAAACUAAGCAAGAAUGCACGCUGGGCGUCCCUAGAUCAGAGGGUUAAAAACUUAAAACGAAAGAGAAAGAAUAAGACGAGUGUAAAAUCAACAGUAGCUAUCAAGACUCUGUCACCUAGCAACAGAACUAGCAAAUGGAUAUCUACACAAAAUGGCGUGUCAUCCACCAAAAGCGUAGUAAACAAGCAGUUUGAAAUGCCCUUCAAAAAGAAGCCACGUAGCCCUGAGAAGUUGUUCGAUGAUCCAGAGCAAUAUUUCCAGAGUAUCCUUAACAGCGUGACGAAUUCUAAAGUUAAAUUCUAAAGUUUUCACGACACAUUCUUAUGUGUUUUCUUUGUAUUAUUGUGAUUAUUGUAAUUAUCUGACACGGAUUUUAUUACGACAUUUAUAAACGAGUUAUUUCAAAGUUUUCUAAAUUAUCUUAAAAUAUUAUAGCACAAAGGUAACUUUUGUAGGUUAUAUUCCUUGUACCUGCUUUCUUAACGUGGUUUUUUAAUUGUUUUCUUUUGGAUUGAAGGAAUAGUGAAUAUUUCUGUUAUUUCUGUUAUUAUUUCUAGUAAAUUCUAACCAUUAU